CUCCUAACUGAGAUGUGACAACAUUUAAGAAUAGGGCAGAGGGUUGCAAGACAGAUUUCAUCGGAGGACCUCACAUGAUCAAAGAGAUGAACUUGGACGAGGACAGCACCUUGUCAGUCAGUUGCGGCAACGGCAAACUCAGACAGUGGCUGAUCGAUCAGAUUGACAGCAGGAGGUACCCCGGACUGGUUUGGGAAAACGACGAGAAAACCAUUUUUAGGAUUCCAUGGAAACACGCGGGCAAACAGGACUACAACAGAGACGAGGAUGCUGCGCUCUUCAAGGCAUGGGCAUUGUUCAAGGGGAAAUACAAGGAAGGUGUGGACAAGCCAGACCCCCCUACAUGGAAGACCAGAUUACGGUGUGCUCUUAAUAAAAGCAAUGACUUUGAUGAAUUAGUGGACAGAAGUCAACUGGACAUCUCAGAGCCAUAUAAAGUCUAUAGAAUCAUUCCAGAGGGAGCAAAAAGAGGUGUCAAGAUGAAUAAUCUAGAGGACACAUCACCGCAUGUAAACGCUCUCACUUAUAUCCCUCCAUACACAUCUCUGCACAACCAGGUGCCCGGUUACAUGGUUUCUCAGGAGAGAAGGGACUGGAGGGAUUACCAAGCACCAGAACAGCCACCACUUCCCCCUACACAUCACCAUGGGCCGCAUGCAGAGCUGCAGUAUGGCCAAUGCCACUACCCCUCACCGCUCAGCCGACCCUGGCCUGGAUCACAUGCUGAAAAUGGUUUCUGUACCUACCCGCCAGAGUCCCAACCAGUGUUUACAGUGGACCACAGCAGUGCCGUAUCUGACUUCAGCCUGCAUGUGUCCCUAUUCUACCGAGAGUCUUUGGUAAAGGAGGUUACCACCACCAGUCCAGAAGGUUGUCGGAUCGCCUCUUCUUCCUCCUCCUCUCCUUCUUCAUCCUCAUCCUCGCCAUGCUCGGAGGACAGGCUUUACAGCGGGGUGGAAACCAUCCUCUUCCCGUUUCCAUACCCUGAGUCUCAGAGGCAGGGUGCCGAGAUGCUUCCAAAUGUCCUGGAGAGGGGCGUGCUCCUGUGGAUGACACCUGAUGGCUUGUACGCAAAGCGCCUGUGCCAGGGACGCGUAUACUGGGAGGGACCUCUGGCGCCAUACAUGGAUAAACCCAACAAGCUGGAUAAAGAGCAGACAUGCAAACUGUUUGACACCCAGCAGUUCCUCAUUGAGCUUCAGGAGUUUGUCCAUCAUGGCAGACGCACGCCUAGACACCAAGUGGUGCUUUGUUUUGGCGAUGAGUACCCCGACCCACAGCGCCAAAGGAAGAUGAUCACAGCACAGGUGGAACCUGUGUUUGCCAGAAAGCUGGUGUACUACUACCAGCAGAACAGCAGCCACUACCUGCGGGGUUACGAUCACGUCCAGGAGCAGGACGCCCCUCCAGCCGUCAACUAUCCCACCCAGAGGCCUAUACAGCACAUUCAGGAGUGACGUCCACCCUGCCGCCUCCCGCCCUCUCCCCCAGAUGAUGUGAAUGUAGACCACUGAGCUGAUCAGGUCAUCGCACCACAAAACAGAAUCUGUCUGCCAUUCUGUACUGAGGUUAUGAACGGGACUUGCGUAGACUUCAGAACCUGAAAAUAGAAAACGUUUUCUUCCAUUCUUUUCUCUAAAGGAAACCAAAAACAUUACAAAUGAUAUUUUGUAAUAUCUACAGUAGUGCAGAUACUCUUUAAAACAAUUGUUCCAAUUGUCCUCAAAUGGUAUUUUCCAAAUAAAGAAUAUGACAAGAAGGUCAUGGCCUAUCAUCCUGUUUCUAAUCAUUAGAGGUGUGUCUGUCAGCUCAGGGUCCUGCGCUUUUAUAGAUUUAAUUAGAUUAUAUGUAUUAAUUAUACCAAAGAUAUCCUGUAUUACUCUAGGGUAUCUACAGUGUCUGUCUACAUCUAGAUUAUCAAUAAUGAGACUGAUCUGCAGUUGAUCUGACUUGCCAUCUUUCCCCCUCCGCAUCUGUCUCCUUUGUUGAUCAGUUCCCCUGUGAGGUUUCUUAUAAUUCUGAGUUGUAUGCAAAGUGCGCAUCAGUGGUGAUGCGUACAGGAGAGACUUCAAAUGCUAUAAUUAUUUUAAUGUCUUAACGUUGGAGGAUGGAAACAUAGACUAAAUAAAGCAGAGUUUGUAACGAUGCA